GGCCAACGUAAGCGGCCAAAAAUUCGACAGAACAGCAGAGGCGCCGAAGCCGCUUCUGGGCGUGUCGCGCGAUUCGCUUGCGUGCGUAUGUGCCAUCAGCGGGAGCGAUCCGCUAGGCGCCAUGCCGGCAAAGCUGACGGCCUGGGCAGCCACGGGUCCUGAGGUUUGUACCGACGACCGGGGGGCGCAGCUCUCAACGGUCACCUUCGAUCGAGCGCUGAAUGAUAUCAUGGCCUGCCAGUUCCUCUGUUUAAGGCUAUUAGUUGGAUAUGGAUCCCAUGUCAUGGUCGUGUUGUAUGAAACGGACUUAGAAGAAGACUGUGUCAAAAUGAGACGCAGAGCUUGGUGUUGGAAUAUCGUAACGACUACUUAUUUGUAGGCAUGAUCUAAUCGCAAUGUCCGACGAAACGUGUACGGGCAUGAACUUUCGCGAAGGAGCCGAUGGUAUGUGCAGCCUCGUGUUAGAAAGAGCCGCUGGGAAUCGGGCCACGCGUGCAACCGGUGUCUUUUCUAGUGCGGGAGCUGGCGCAUCGUCUCCCGUAGUCGUGCCAGCUGCGCAGAAGGGUGUGAGCUGCUACGUGCGGCCGAUUUCCACCUCGUCUGGUGGUACCAACAAGAACAUCGUCCUUUUGUCAGCGACUAGGAGAAAUGCGCGACAAGUGUACCCGGCCGACGCCGACUACAUGAAAAUCGGCCUCGGGAAUAGGCCGUGCCAAAACCGGGAUCCGAAGAAGGCCCUCACCCGCGUUCCCAAGCCCGCUGCGGAAACGCGCUCCGAUUGUGUGAACCUAUGUGAAGAGGCUAACAGUGAAGGCGUGGCACUGAACUCCGGCGCACGCUGCCUGGGCAUCGAGUGGUCCACAGACAUCGGCUUAGCCGUCGAUAGUGAACUCACCGAUUCGAAGUGCAGCCUCGCGAUGGUGAUGGGACCUGGUGAACUUGCGAUUACGACCUUUGUGGAAACUAACAACCAAAUUUUCAAAGAGUGCUAUCUUAGGCCCCCUGAGCCGACGGCCAUGCAGCAACAGACGACAUACCCGCUUUCAAGCCUAAAGCCGUCAGACUACACCGAAGUAACAUGAUAAUGAUUUCUCUGUCAUUUCCCCAUUCAAUGAGAAUGAAGUAGAAGUAAAAAUAUAUUUAUAUCAGAGCAGUUUACAGCACGCAGGGCGCAUGGAGGGCAGAGCCAUGAGAGACGCAAGAAGCGCUCCCUUUAACUCCAUGCAAUGCGAGCUGCCAAAUCAAAACCUUCUGAGUUGUUCUGUUAAGUGAUCCGUUUACGUUUAGAGGUGGUCUCGCUAUCGUUGACUUUCUUUGUGGGCGCAAUACUACGUAUUAUUAGUAUUACCAUUACCAUUACCAUUACGUCAAGGUCAAGGUCAAAGUACGUCUAAUUACUUGCCUCUUCUCCUCUCCCUCAACAGCUUGGCAAGGGGUCAUGCCGCUCGAUUGCCGUGAACAAAGCCGACGCAGCAACUUUCGUUGGAAGUGGUCUUAGUUUCGACAAUUGUGCUCAUUUAUGUACGCGGCAGACGGAUUUCAACCUCCCGACCAAUCGCUGCGGUGGUUUCACCUACGACUACAGACAAUGGAGCUGUCUGCUCUACACUGGGUCUGUUGCGCCAGCCAGUGCAGUGUCAGGUGGUGCUACUGGUGUCGCAAGUCCUGCUACCGGUACCGGUGCUACUGCGUCAAACAGCCAGUACCCCGUGCUGAAUAGCAACACAACGAAUAAUCGUGCUCUUGGUACUUCACCGUGGAUGAAUUUGAACCUGGUUGAUGUCAGCGCUGCCUACACCCGUGAUCCAGUGUGCUAUUCCGCAAACCAGUUCGCCUCUCCCGCCAGCAUCAGCGCUUCAGGAACGGCAGACUACUUCGGGAAUUUGACCGCUGGUAUUGGACAGUCAUCAAACAUCGUCCACCAGGCCAUCGCGAGCUCCUAUGGACAGUUGGCAGCCAGCAUGGGACCGAUGCCAUCGCACAAUUACCAACAGACAUUGUCGGGGGCGGGUACCGCGGCUGCCGCGGGGCAUCAAUCUAGUACUCCGUUUCUCCUGGGCAUUUCCUCUGGUUCUGGCGAACAAACAAGAGCUCCAACCGGUACUGUCCAGCUUCCCCCGCAAGCGACAAACCUGUAUCCACAACAGAUUCCCACUCCCAAUAGCAUGCCAGGACCACUGAUUGACGCAACACCACCCCAACAGCUCUCGCUUGUGCAACCCAGUGUCGGUGUGGUGACUCCCGCUGCGUAUAGUACAACUAGUUCAUCUAGUACUGGUCUGGAAAUGAACAGUGACGUUCUCGAAGGUCGUGGUGCUUUGCCUGGUGUUCCAGCAUUCGUUGCCGCACCGCUGUCCCCUACUGCAGCUCUCCUCGCCGCACCUCCUGUUCCAACGCCUCCGGAGGAAUACGACAUUUUCCCGCCGGACGAGGGCGACGACGAACCGCAGUUCGGCUUUCCUAUGAUGCCAGGUAUGUCAGGACGACAGAACGCGCUGUUGCAGCUCGGUCAAAAAGCGGGAACAAAAUCAGACCAAUUAUUUAGCGUAUCAUCUGCAGACGCGCUUGCCGCGGAGAAAAAAUCUUCAUCUAGUAAAACAGCAUCUGAACAGCAAGCUGCAGGAGCUUCUGUAGUUUCUGCUUCCUCAUCCUCGUCAUCAUCGUCAAAGGCAGACGCAUUGGAUCUUGGCAAGUCUGGUAGUGCCAGCAGCUCUGCGGAAUCGUCACUGCAAGAUAUCUUCGAAAGAAGUGGAGCGCAUAACGGCAUGCUGUCCCUGGAAAGUGAAGCCGAUUCCAGCGCAAUGCGGAACGCUAUGCUGCUUGACGAAUUGGACUAG